AACGAUUCCGAGCCGAUGGGGGAGGAGACUUCUAUGAGCAGUUCUUCGCUCUAACUCAGGAGGGGACUGUGGCUGACUAUCGCGACAGAUUCGAGUACUUGGCUAGCCGAUUGGAUCAUAUAUCAGAAUCGGCACUGGAGGGAAACUUCAUGAAGGGGCUCAAACCAGAGAUACGAACAUCGGUUAGAGUAUUGGAGCCAAGGAAUCUCGGGAAGGCUAUGGAGCUGGCACAAUUGGUGGAAGAUCAAAAGAGAUCUGAAAGAGGAGCCCGAGGAAACUAUUCAGGAGGGUCACAUAGGAUGACUACCACAUUCUUGCCUUCAAAGGCGGCAGCACCGGUGAGUCAGAAAGAAUGGCCAAAGGAGAGAACUGGAGGAGGGGGAAAUGGGGGACAGUUCAAGAGGCUGACGGAGAAGGAGCUGCAGGAAAAGAGAGCAAAGGGGGUGAAAGGGGAGAUCUCUAACAAGGGGGUUGUGGUGUUGAUAGACAGUGGGGCAACUCACAAUUUCAUCUCCAACCAGAUUGUCAAGGCACUGGGGAUGGAGCUGAUGGACACGGGAGGGUACAGAGUAAUGAUGGGCACCAGGAAGGUGGAGUUGGGACGAGGAGUUUGUCGAGGAGUAGUUUUGAAGAUUCAGGGGAUUCGUGUACAGGAAGACUUCCUUUCCAUGGAAUUGGGCAGUACGGAUGUCAUCCUUGGGAUGAAAUGA